AUUUUCCAAUCUAGAUGAAAAGACGUUGCGAGUUACAGGUGUACAGCGAGGGACUCGAGUGUAAAUGCUGUGACAUCAACAGUUAUCUAUGUUCACAUCAUUGUUGUCCUCUAACUCACACAUGCAGAGAAGGAAUUCGUGCAAAGUGCGAAGGUCCAGGCUAUUCAAAAGAAAAUCGCGGAGAUUGGAUACGAGCAACGGAUAAACAACGAGCAGAUCCAGAUGAAUGCAAUAACGAUAACGUUAAAGCUUACGAAUAUCUGAAAAAUCGAAGACUGAGCGGAUAUUACCUCAUGGGAGUUGACGCCAACAACGGUCGGAGUGAUUGAAAAACCUUAGUGAAUGAAAAAAAGUGCAUUACGAAGCAACACAUGUGUUUAUCAAAAAUGUGCGAAAGUUGAUCAUCCAGAUAAGUGAAGCUUUUAGAAGAAAUGUUUGUAAAGAAUACGGUUAAGGACGUUUGAAUUUCCAUAGUAGUCAUCAUACAAAGAGUAGAAAUAUAACCUGACCUCAUCAACCAACCUGGACGAUCAACUUCCAUUAACUUGAGACGUAAUUGCUCGCAGAUUCAAACCAUUUACAUGUGUAUAUGUUAGUCGUAUGUGAUGAGUCGAUGAGCCGUUUGUCAAAUGUAAAAUCUCAUUAUGUAAAUGAAUAGAUACAUACUCUGCCAUGGUAUCAAGAAAUAUUUCUAUUAUUUUAAACAAUUUCAUUUUAUGAUUUAAAAUUAGAUAUCGAACGAUAGUGAACUGCAACUAUAUAUAUAUGGCUAUCUAUGAUCAAGUGAUUUCAUAAAAAAGUCA